AUGGCGCCUUCUUGUGCGGGGCUUCUAGGCAUUUGCGAGUUCGACCCUGAGCACACGCCGCUGCCAUUGGACCUGGCUGACCCGGCGCUGCCCAAGUGGUAUGCCAAGUGGCUGGAAAACUACAAGCGCCGUGAUGCCUGGAGGGAGGCCUUCCAGGUCUUUGGGCCACUGCCCAUCCAGCCUUUGCGGCCUUUCAGCCCGCGCCUGCGGGCGCCCGCAGCGCCUGCACCGCGGGCGGAGCCGCGGCCGCGGUGCCCCGCCUGCCUCAUGGCGCUGGAGGGCGGCAGCUGCCCGCUGGACCCCAGCCACGACGUGUCGCAGCCUGCCGUCGACGGAGGCGGCGGAGCUGGAGCUGGAGCUUUGCCCCGCGUGGCAGCGGUGCUGCCGAGGCUUGCUGCCAAGGAGACGGCGGUGACGCCGCAAGCUGCCAGCUUUGACCGGUCCGAGUCGGACCGGCUGCAAAGUUUAGGCCUGGCUGCUUCCAUCACGGAGUGGCUACAGCAAGUGGACGGCCAGGGCUUUCUGGGCGCUUACCAUGCAAUCAUGGCGGAGCACUUCGAUUCCCCGUGGCAGCUUCUGGAUGUGGAGUGGUGA